UAUCUCCUGAUUACCUAUUUAAUAAACAUUCAUCUUAUCUUAUGCCAUCACUGUCGUUUGCAGGGUAAUUUUGCAGUACCUAUAUGUACACUUCAUGCCACAGUGAAUGUAGAGAGAUGAUGGCAUGCUUAAAUUUACUUUUUUUUUUAAGUAUGUAACAAGGAGCAGUCUUAAGGUGACUCUGAUCUGACAGACUUCUUCUGACAAACCCUGCAGUGAAAGUAUCCAAUGCAUUACAGAAUGAAUGAGCUGAACCUCAGCGCUGUGGGAAUGGACCAGCUUAGUGCUUCCUCGGUUGCCAAUGCAAUGCCUGCCUCUGGGAGUCAUCUUGGGCUAGCUGGCUCUCCUCCCCACAACACAAUAUCAGCUACAGGUUUACCUGUGGCUAUUCCCAAUCUGGGCCCUUCAUUGAGUUCACUCCCUUCUGCCCUUUCAGUCAUGCUUCCAAUGGGUUUAGGAGACCGGGGUGUAAUGUGUGGUAUACCAGAGAGGAACUACUCUCUCCCACCUCCACCUUACCCUCACCUUGAGAGCAGCUACUUCAGACACAUAUUGCCUGGAAUCCUCUCUUAUUUAGCUGACCGGCCACCUCCUCAGUACAUUCACCCAAGUUCACUAAAUGUUGAUGGUAACAAUGGCCUAUCUGUGUCAAACAGCAACCCUUCACUUGACCCCUACCAGCCUGGUGGUUCUGUUGGCCUUGAGAAUGGUAUUGUUUCACUGGAUUCUCGAUCAGUCGUUGGUCAUGCUGGUCAGAGUUUACAUUCCAGUGAUGGCCACGAGGUGCAACUGGAUACUGGUAUCAGCAUUGAUAAUGUGUCAAGAGUAAACAGCCCUAUCACAACUGAUCACAUUACUGAAGAACUCACCAUAGAAGGUGUGACUGGAGAUCAUGCACGGAUAUCAAAUGUUCAACGCUCCCAUGAGAUACUGACAGUAGAUGGUAACCUACCUCCUGAUGCCGUUGGCCAUUCUGGUGUUUUGCCAUUACACAGUGGAUCAUUGGAACUUCCAGUAGUAAUGGAUACUGAGCAUCAUAUGGCAGCUCGGUCCAGCAUGUCAGAAAGCCGUCUCAGCGAUGCCAUUCACACAGUUGCCCUGAGCAACAACCCAGUGAGUGUUGCACUGUCUACCUCUCACCCGCUUUCAUCAUUAACCUCAGUGUCCCUGCAAGGUGGCACCAUAAGCCUUGAGCCAGUGACUGUUUCUUCCAUAACCCAGGAUGUCUCCAUGGGAGUUUCACAUGUUGAUGCAGGAAACCUGACUUUUGUCCCAACCUCACUGCAGAUUGACUCAAAUGCCAACAAAGAAAACAUGGCAACCCUGUUUACAAUCUGGUGCACUUUGUGUGACCGGGCAUAUCCAUCUGACUGUCCUGAGCAUGGACCAGUCACCUUUAUAGCUGAUAGCCCCAUUGAAAGCAGGGCACGAUUGUCUCUUCCCAAGCAGCUGUCUCUCAGGGACUCUGUGACAGGAGCCGACAUAGGGGUUUGGACGCAGGAGACUAUCCUUGUUCGGACGUGCUUUGGCCCAUUGAUAGGGCAGGAGAGCCAGUCCCUAGAAGUUGCUGACUGGAAUGACAAGUCUGCCAGCCACCUCUGGAAGAUGUACCAGGGUGGAGUGAUGGACUUCUGCAUCAUCACAAAUGACGAAAAUGAAUGUAACUGGAUGAUGUUUGUACGGAAGGCAAGGAAACCAGAGGAACAGAAUCUUGUUGCUUACCCUCACGAUGGAAAAAUUUACUUUUGUACCUCAAAAGACAUCCAACCCCAGGAAGAGCUUCUCUUCUAUUACAGCAGGGACUAUGCCUGCCAGUUGGGCCUUCCAGAGCAACCAGAGCUUCUUGUGUGCCAUUGUGGAAAGGAGUACUUGUCUUAUGCAGAUUUCAAGUCUCACCUGAACAGUCACUUGAACAGCCACCUACCCAGCGAGUCACUAAGCAGUGGGGCAACAAAUCCAGGACUGGCACCCAGCAGUGUACGGAAGUGGAUAUGUUCCAUGUGUUCUCGUGCUUUUUCCUCCUCAUACAAACUCAAUGUGCAUUAUAUGGGCCAUAUGGGCAUGAAACCACAUAAAUGUGAGUUCUGCAGCAAGGCAUUCAGUGAUCCCAGCAACCUGCGAACGCAUCUCCAGAUACACACAGGACAGAAAAAUUACCGCUGUGGUUUAUGUGACAAGUCAUUUACACAAAAAGCCCAUUUGAUGUCCCAUAUGGUGGUGCACAUGGGAGAGCGUAACCUGAAGUGUGAAUUUUGUGAUAAGAUGUUUAUGAGAAGGCAUGAUCUGAAGCAGCACGUACUUACACACACUGGAGAGCGACAGUUUAUAUGCCCUAAGUGUGAUAAACGCUUUGGCAGAACAAACCAUCUCAAGAAGCAUUUGAAUUCCCAUGAAGGGAAGAGAGACUUUGUCUGUGAAAAAUGCUCCAAGGCCUUUCUCACCAAAUAUCACCUCACUCGACACUUGAAAAUAUGCAAGGGUCCAAGCAAUGUUCCUCUCACACCUGAUCCAGAGGAGGAGGACAACGACUCUGAAGAUGAAGACUUACAGAGUCCAGAAGGUCAUGCAUUUAAAACAGAUGAGCAUCUCUCAGUACAUACGUGACAGGAGCAAUGUGUGCUUAGGUCUAUUUAUCUUAUUUAUUCUUUUCACUGGUGAGAUUCUUUCACUUAAAAUUAGCAGAAUUUAAGCUGCUGCUUUUGCCUUGUGCAGAAUAAAAUAGCCCAUGGAUUUCAGAUAUAAAUUUUAUCAUAACUGACAUCUUUAUGAAAUGUAUCCUAGAAACUGUGUAUAUACUGAACUAUAUAUACAAUAAAGGAAUUGAAUGUA